CCGAGGCCGCGCCGCUGCAGUUUUCCAUAGGUUAGGAUGAUGUCAGACAUUGCUAAAGACAGGAUGGCUCAUUCAGUAAGGAAAAGGAGGAGUGUGUCUUCUCUGAGUGGUCGUGAAUUCCGGCAGAAGGAACUUCAUGGUUAUAUCAAAAACUCCACCAGUACUGUCUCUUAUAUGGAUGAACCUAGCCAGAGGGAUGAUGCCUCUUGCCUUACAGUUCAGAUGGAAAACACCUAUCAGUUGGGUCCUACCAAACAUUUUCCUGUGGUCAUUGUCAAUCAUAUCCUGAAAGAUGUCUUAACUAACUAUCUACAAGAAGAACAAUAUGAACCAGAGCUCUGCAGACAGAUGACUAAAACGAUUUCUGAGGUUAUUAAAACCCAGGUGAGGGACCUGAUGAUUCCACGGUAUAAGCUAAUUGUGAUUGUUCACAUUGGACAACUGAAUAGUCAGAGCAUUCUUAUUGGAAGCAGAUGCCUCUGGGAUCCUAAAAGUGAUACCUUUUCAUCUUAUGUUUUCAGAAAUUCUUCUCUCUUUGCUCUUGCAAGUGUCUAUGCAGUUUACUUUGAGUGAGUUCUUACUUUCUUAUAUCAAGAAAUAGGUUGUAUUCAUGGACACAAAAGCUUUACUGCCCAAAAGUUUGAGAAGGAAGCAACGGGGGAUCCCUGGGUGGUUUAGCGGUUUGGCGCCUGCCUUUGGCCCAGGGCGCGAUCCUGGAUUCCCAGGAUCAAGUCCCGUGUCGGGCUCCCAGCAUGGAGCCUGCUUCUCCCUCUGCCUGUGUCUCUGCCUCUCUCUCUCUAUGUCUAUCAUGAAUAAACAAAUCUUUAAAAAAGAGAGAGAGAAGAAAACAACAUUAAUAUUUCAAACAACUGGAAUUUUUGAACUUUUUAAUGCUCUUCAAAGAACUGAGGGAGGGAAAGGUGGCACAAGAAAGACUCUUGUUUAUCCAAAGAACUAAGUAUUGGCUCUGCUGGAUUGUUUUUCAUAGACAUGAGUUCUAAUUUAAUAUUACUAUUGGUACUAAUUAUUUUAAUUACUCUUUAUAUAGAGAGUGAAAAUUUCCUGUGUGUGUGUGUUUUUUUUUUUUAAUGAAGAAAAGUUUAAAAAAAAAAGUGACUAUAUGUACCCUGGCCAAUAAAGGACAGAAGAAUAUUCAACACAGUAUACACAAAUGAUAAAUGUUAAUGUGUCUCAGUGCUGCAUAUAAAAGAAUACUGGUUUUCAUUUUGUACUUAAUAAAUUGAGCAGCAUUCAUUAACUGCAAUUAUUGUUACAUGUACCUGACAGUUGAAACUGCUGAGGUAGAAUUAAUGAUUUCAUAACAAUUAUUGUAGUCCCACAGGGCUGCUAGCUAAAACUAGCAGCUCUUGUGGGUUGCCUGCACUUUACAAAAUUGUGAGAGAACUGAAUGUUGGCUCUCCAGUAAUGGAAACUAUAAAGUGAACAAAGGCUUUUAGGGCACUGCAGUAGACAUUGCUGUAUUAAAUAUACAUGAUGUUUAAUAGUAAAUGUAUCUGUAACGCUUAAAAUCAUGUAUUGGAGAGAGACACUGCUUUUAAAUAUACACUGCCUGAUGUGCCUUUAAAUAGGCUUUCCUUGGCUAACAAACUUUUA